AUGGGGAUGGGGAGUGCGUUUAGCCCUAAGGAAAUAACCAAGGAAAUGACGGUAGAAGAGGCGCUUAGCCCUUCUUCCACUGUGAGAUUCAAAGCUGAAGAGCUUCCUUUAUUGUCGUUUGUCACUGAGGAUUUCGGGAGUGGACUGUCAUGUGGAGAACGGAUGAGGACUUACCGUGAACUCGAGGGACAAUUUCUUGACUACAUCACUCAAGAAUCUGGGAAGCCUGUCUUGUUAUCGGGGCCUUGUUUGCCUGAAACAAAGAUCCAACGAUUCGAUGAGAAAUGGGUUUGUUGGCUAAGCCAGUUCGAGCUAGGGUCUGUGGUGUUUUGCGCAUUCGGAAGCAAGAGUGAGUUGCAGAGAGAUGAGUUCCAGGAGUUGGUUCUGGGGUUCGAGUCAUGUGGGCUGCCGUUUUUGGUAGCUUUAAAGCCACCCAAAGGAUGCUCGACUGUUGAAGCAGCACUUCCUGAGGGGUUUGUAGAGAGGGUUGAAGGAAGAGGGUUGGUUCAUGGUUAUUGGGUUCCACAACAGCUGUUGUUGCACCACCCUAACAUCGGGUGUUUCGUCAACCACUAUCAAAUCCUGAACAAAAGGUGGACGGUGAAUGAACUCAAGAUCGGUGGUGAAGUUGAGAGAGGUAAAAACAGACGGGUCUCAAAGGAGUCAUUGAAUGAAGCCAUCAAGUUGGUAAUGGACAAGGACAAUGAAUCUGCUAAGAUGUUGAGGGCAAACCAUGUCAAGCUUACGCAAACACUUUGUAGCAGUUAUCUUCAUGAAGAAUAUAUCAACAAUUUCAUUCAAGCUCUGCAUCAUCUUGUCUAA